AUAUUUUUUAUUUUGGUGGUGCAAUACCAGUACAAGAAAGCUUUUCAUGUACAAUUCUUGGUUAUUCUGAUAAUCCCAAUAAUGGUUACUGCAGCAGAAAUUGUGUAGCUAUUAUCAAAAAUUUCAAUCCUUCUGAUUAUGAUAUGAGAAAUGAUUCUUUGAAACUUGAUAUAGGUUAUUUUACAAAUUGUAAUGCAGUAUUUUCUAAUUCUUUUUACACUGUUACAAAAGUACUUUAUGUUGAUUUAGUUGAUGGACAGGGAUAUUUUCAUUUUAGUGAUAUUGUACCAGUACAAACAAAUAUUACAUAUCAAUUUUGGGCUUAUUUCGGAUUCUCUAAUUAUGAAAAUUCGACAGAUCCUACUGAUAAUGAGUGUUUUGGAGGUUGUAUGGGUGCAGCCCAAAAUUUAAUUCCUACUGAUGAUAUUAUUAUUAGUAGUUUUUGA